AACCGACGCCGGCUUCAUUUCCACUCUCACUGAGAGAAACCUCGAGACUCCCGAAGAGAGAGAAAGAGAAAGAGAGAGAGAAAGAUAAAGAGAAAGAGGUGAUCUUACCAGAUUUGCAUCUGUACCAUCCCCACCACCGAUCGCCGCCUUCACAGCCACCGCGAUGGCUCAUCCCCACCACCUCCUCACUCUGUCCCUCCUCAUCCUCUCCCUCCUGAUCCCCCACUCCACCGCCGAGAUCAAAACCCUGAAAAUCCAGACCGACUCCCGUCCCAUGAUCCUCUUCGAGAAAUUCGGGUUCACUCACACGGGCCGUGUCACCGUCGCCGUCUCCUCCGUCUCGGUAACCUCCAAUCUCUCUCCCCCCGACCCUUCCCGCCUCGGCUUCUUCCUCCUCUCGGAAGAAUCCCUCCUCCAAGUCCUUCUCGAGAUCCAACAAGACCAGCGUUUCUGCGUCCUCGAUUCGCAGUACACCACCCAUCUCUUCACUUUCCGGGAUCUUUCUCCACCGCCCGCGUCGUCGUUCAAUCAAUCGUAUCCCGUCAGUAUUCCCAAUGAAUACAGCCUUUUCUUCGCCAAUUGCAACCCCGAAAGCUCGGUUACGAUGACCGUGCGCACCGAGAUGUUCAAUGUCGAAUUCAAUGGCGUCAAAGACUAUUUACCGGCAGGUCAAACUCAAUUACCCUCAUUGUAUUUCCUGUUUUCAAUUAUUUAUUUGGUGUUUUUGGGUUACUGGGUGUUUGCCUGUUUGAAGAAUAAGAAAUCUGUGCAUAGAAUUCAUCUUUUGAUGGCUGGGCUUUUGGUUAUGAAAGCAUUGAAUUUGAUCUGUGCUGCUGAGGAUAAACAUUAUGUUAAGGCUACCGGAUCGCCCCACGGGUGGGAUGUGUUGUUUUACUUUUUCCAGUUUAUGAGGGUUGUUCUGUUGUUUACUGUGAUUGUGUUGGUUGGUACUGGGUGGUCGUUUUUGAAGCCCUUCUUGCAAGAGAAGGAGAAGAAGGUGCUUAUGAUUGUGAUCCCACUUCAGGUUUUAGCUAAUAUCGCAUCCAUUGUUAUUGGUGAAACCGGACCCUUUAUUAAGGAUUGGGUUACUUGGAAUCAGGUGUUUUUGUUGGUUGAUAUUAUUUGCUGUUGUGCUAUUAUCUUCCCCAUUGUGUGGUCGAUUCGAUCUUUGAGGGAGACAUCGAAGACAGAUGGGAAGGCUGCUAGGAACUUAGCUAAGUUGACCCUCUUUAGGCAAUUCUACAUUGUUGUUAUUGGGUACUUGUAUUUCACUAGGAUUGUCGUGUUUGCGCUGAAAACUAUCUCAGCGUAUAAGUAUCAGUGGGUGAGCAGUGCCGCUGAGGAGAUUGCUAGUCUCGUGUUCUAUGUGAUCAUGUUUUACAUGUUUAGGCCUGUUGAGAGGAACGAGUAUUUUGCCCUUGAUGAUGAUGAAGAAGAAGCUGCAGAGAUGGCUCUUCGAGAUGAAGAAUUUGAGCUUUAGAAAUGUCAACAAAAUUCAUGAUUGGAUGCCUUUUUUUGAGACUUUAAUGAUGCGGCUUGAGAACUUGCUAACUGCUCUGAUGUUUUGCGCUCGAAACUGCUUAAACAGGUCUGCAGUUGCCUCUCCAUUUAUGCUGCCUUGUUUUUUUUUUUCAGAAUUUAAAUCUGAGUAGUUGUUGUAAUUCUCCUUGAACACAAUUUUAUGUUGCCUUGUUAUAUUAGUACAUUUUUAUACAUUUUAUACUUAACAGGCCAAAUGUUAAAAAUAAUUCGUGCUCUAUGAUGCAAUAUAGCGUAAGUAUUAUUUUUUCUUGUAUUA